UCCACCACCACCAACGAAGAUGAACCAGUGCCACACCGUAUAAGUAUGGGCGGACAAAAACGCCCAUGGGAUGCGGACGACAACAGCCCGUCAGAAGAAUCAACAACGACACACCACAGGGACCACGGGGGCCACGGGGCCCCCUCACCAACGUUGCCCCCACGAGUGCCUGUACGACCUCAACCUCCACCAGAGCCUGGCGUCAAAGCAGACGGCUACUACCGCCAGCUGUACGCCUCGGAGCCAGAUUUCCGGCAGCUAGCACGCGAAGAUGCCCAGUUUAAGGCCUUACUCCGGGGAGGGAAUCUCGACUUCAAUGAACCAGAAGCCGUGAUGCAGCUCACCAAGACGCUUCUCAAUGCUCAUUUUGGGCUAAAGGUUGAACUUCCCAAGGACCGAUUGUGUCCUCCCGUUCCCAAUCGCCACAAUUAUAUUCUCUGGCUCAAGGACCUGCUUGACAGCUCAUCCUACGAUGAACCAGGCCGCAAGCUGACGGGUCUCGACAUUGGCACCGGUGCCAGUUGCAUCUACCCGCUCCUUAGCUGCACCCAGCGCGACUGGUCUUUCAUCGCCACAGACAUCGACGACGAGAGUCUCACCUACGCCAAAAACAACGUGGCGCGCAACAACUUCCAGCACCGCAUACAGAUCCUCCCCCGCCUCGCCACGGAUCCCCUCCUCCCCCUCGACGCCGUAACGACAGCAACAACCAUCGACUUCGUCAUGACAAACCCACCCUUCUACGAGUCCGAAGCCGACAUGGUCGCCUCGGCCCAGAACAAGUCCCGCCCCCCUUUCACCGCCUGCACGGGGUCUCCCACCGAGAUGGUCACCCCGGGCGGCGAGGUCGCCUUUGUGCGGCGCAUCCUGGACGAAUCGCUCGCGGCCCGGGACAAGGUGCGCUGGUACUCGUCCAUGCUGGGGAAGCAGUCCAGCCUCGAGACGCUGGUCGCCGCGCUGCGCGACAAGGGCGUCGGGAACUACGCCGUCGCCGAGUUCGUGCAGGGGAACAGGACGCGGCGGUGGGCCAUCGCGUGGAGCUUCGCGCCCAUGCGGCCCUCCGCCGGCGCGGCGAGGGGGCUGAAGGGCGAGAAGUGGAAGAAGAUCUUGCCGCCGCCGCUCGACGCCGAAGUCGCGACCGUCCCGCUCGAACAGGGCGUCGGGAAGAUGGGGGACCGGGUCGACGAGUUGAUGUGCUCGCUCGAGCUCGUCUCUUGGGCUUGGGAUAAGCAGAAGCUGCGCGGCGUCGGGCGGGCGCCGGAGAACGUGUGGAGUCGGUCAUGGAGGAGGAAGAAGGUGGCGUUGCAGAGAGGGGGGAUUUUUGACGGUGUCGUGAAGGCCAUGAUUGACGGGUCUGGGCCCUGCGCUUUCGGAUUCGAAAUUGAUUUGGACAUCAAGAGGGCCGGUAUGACGGUCCGUUGCUGCUGGAGGGAAGGUCAUGACGCGAGCUUAUUUGAGAGCUUCUGCGGAUUUCUCAGGACCAGGUUGGCUGCACAACACGGAUCUUGAAAGUCGGCUCCAUUUGUUUAGCCCGUCGUCUGUUCCUCACCAAGUUCUUUCAUGUUUCCCGACACGGUUACGUGACAGAGAGAUUCAUUACAAGACGUGCACGUGAUAGAGAGGACUGUUUCCCCCGAACAUGGUCUAAGUAACAUUACAAGUAUUGGUAUUCCUUUUUAUU